CUGCUGCACAUCCUGACUUCCUCGCGACUGUUUACGAGGCUUCAUCUCUUCCAAACAGCCCAAAUCUGGCUCUUCUGUGAACACAUCACAGUCAGGGACAUGGUCGUGUACGGGCGAGCAUUCGCCUGUUAAUACUUGAACGUGUCCUCUUCUUCUGAGUCUUGGCUGAGGGGACUUCUGAAACUGUGAUUCCUGUGUGAUUUUGGCGUGUCUUGUCACAGAUUGGGCCAUGCAGCACCCCAACUUCGAGACCUGCCACCCGCUCCAGGCAGACGAGCUGCAGGAGACGGGUUUCGACCCGCUCAACAAUAUCAACAAGAACCACAGCAGAGGCUCUCUUGACAGCGCCACUCAGUCACAGUCAACCUUCCCCUCGUACAGGAAAGAAUGGGACGACUUAUUCCUCAACAGUAAUUACCUGGCCAGGAUCCGGCAGGCAGGCAUCAGCGGUAGAUUGAGGAGCAGCCGUUUUCGAAGCGUAUGCUGGAAGUUGUAUCUGGAGGCUCUUCCAGAAGAUAAGAGUCAGUGGAUCAACAAGACCAAGGAGCUUCGGGGCCAUUAUGAGAAGAUUAAAGAAACACACAUCACCAACCCUCGCAAGGCUGCCGGCCAGCAGGAUUUAGUGGUCAAUAAUCCGUUGUCCCAAGAUGAGGAGAGCCCGUGGAACAAGUUCUUCCAGGAUAAAGAGCUGAAGGGGAUGAUAAAACAAGACGUAUUGAGAACGUUUCCCGAGAUACGAUACUUCCAAGAUGAAGAUGUGCGGACCAAGCUGACUGACAUUCUCUUCUGCUAUGCCAGAGAAAAUGAACAAUUACUUUAUAAGCAGGGGAUGCAUGAACUGCUGGCUCCCAUCGUGUUCGUGCUUCACUGCGACCAUCAAGCCUUCCAACACGCCAGUGAGACGGCAAGCGCCAGUGAGGAGAUGAAAUGCUUGUUGGAUCCAUUGUACCUCGAGCAUGAUGCCUAUGCACUUUUCUCUCUACUGAUGGAAACGGCAGAGCCGUGGUUCUCCUGCUAUGAGAGAGAAGUGAGGCGGGGUAAAGAAGAAAUGCUUACCAGCAUCCCUUUUGCCCGGCCUCAGGACUCUGGGCCAUCUGUUGCCAUAGUUACCAAAGUCAACCGCAUCCAGGAUCAGCUGGUGAAGAAGCACGACGUGGAGCUGCACAUGCAUCUCAACCGGCUGGAAAUCGCCCCACAAAUUUACGGAAUCCGCUGGGUGCGUUUGCUGUUCGGUCGUGAAUUUCCACUUCAGGACCUGCUGGUGGUUUGGGACGCUCUGUUUGCCGACAGCAUCACCCUGGACCUCGUCGAUUACGUCUUUGUUGCCAUGCUGCUCUACAUCCGAGAUGCGAUGAUUGCGAGCAACUUCCAAACUUGCCUCGGCCUCCUCAUGCAUUACCCUCCAAUCGGAGACAUCAACUCCCUGCUCCAGAAAGCUCUCUUCCUCCGAGAUCCAAGAAACCAUCCCCGACCUGUCAACUACCAGUUCCAGCAGAACCUGGAUUACUACAAAACGAGGGGCGCCGACUUGAUGAAUAAGACACGUUCCAGCACCAAAGCAGCCCCCCUGAACAUCAACAAAGUCUCCAGCAGUCUGCUCAACUUCGGCAGGAAGCUCAUCGCGCCGGCCAUCUCGACAGGCACCGGGUCGCCCAUCAACAGCGACGUGCGUCCCACCUCCCCCACCUCCACCUCGGCACCCGCUUUGCCGCACCCUCUCGCCGAGCCUCCCACGACCCAGGCGACGCCUCAGACCCAAGGCCACGCCCAAUCGCAGCACUACCGCCUGUUGAAGUCCGAGAGCAUGCCCGUCUAUCUCGGGAAAGAUGCGGUUUCAGGUGGAGCUUCUCAGGUCCCAACGCAGACCGACACCCAAGGCCAAGGCUCCUCUCCCAGCAUUGAAAACCUCGCCGCAAGGCCGCGUCAGUCGUCAUCCUCGCCGCCCUUGCCGCUCUCCAGAGGCGGAAGCGACUUGAGCGCCUCAUCGCCGCCCCUCCUGGCCGCCAAGAAAGACUUGUUUUUCCACAUCACUCGUUCACGUUCCCACAGCAAGAGCAUGUCCAGGAAGGAGACGGUGAGACGCUCUCAAGGUCUGCUGUUUAUCUUUUUAGAUUUUAUUUAUUUAUUUUAUGGGUGGCAGGAGGAGGAUUUGGAGGCCCAGGUUUCGUUCUUGCAGGGACAGAUAAACGACUUGGAGGCCAUGAGCAAAUAUUGUGCUAAGAUGAUGAACAGCCACAUCUGUAAUAUUCAGGAAGUGAUUUUGGAAGAACAUUUGCAAAAAGAAGACGAGGUUCUUGUUUCACUGGCGGGGCUCAAACAGAUUAAAGACAUCCUCAAAGGGGCGCUGCGCUUCAACCAGAGCCAGUUAGAAGCCGGGGAGAACGAGGAGAUCAACAUUGCAGACAACCACUACACCUCAGCGGGGGAAACCGCUUUCGGCGAUCUCGGCGCGUACCGCGCCAAUCGACAACUGCAAGUUGGCGGGCCAAGGCGAGGCCCC